CAAAAAACUAUGGAGUCAAAAACAAAACUUGGCUCCCCUUGUGUAUGUGUUUUGUGACUUGGCUGUUGCCAGCUGUUCCUUCAUCUGUGGCAUCAUGUGGCAUCAUCCUAAACCUUUCUUAAACAAGGAAAAUAAGCUCUGGAAAUAAGCAAUAAUUUAAUAAAGCAAUGCUAAAAAACUGAUAUUUUUCACAAAGUUAUUCUUGACUAUUUAUAUUUUACAACACCGUAAUGGACCCUGAUGAAGUGGAGUUUUUAGGAGAAAAAUCUAUGAUCGAAAUAGUGCCGACAUUUAAUAGUGCGCCUAUCUAUUUUAUAGGCGGAGAUGUAGGACCUUUUAGGGCCAGCAUACCAUUAAGAGUGCCUUUGUGGGUGGCCGUUCAUUUGAAACAACAGCAGCAGUGUAAAAUAAUUCCACCCGAUUGGAUGGAUCUAGAAAAAUUGGAGAACCUUAAGGAAGAGGAGAAAAGUAAUAGGUCUUUUAUUAAAAUGCCUAGCGAGCACUAUAUUGUAGAGGCAAAACUUAUACUCGGAUGUGCAGCAGAUGAUAUUCCAAGAACCGACGAAAUAAGAACAAUUAUCAAAGAUAUAUGGGACAUUAGGAAGUCAAAACUGCGAUCUUCUAUGGACCAAAUGAUUAAAAAAUCUGCUAUGUACGCUGCAGUAGAUAAUUUAACCCUAAUGGAGAUAAACUCAAUUAGACCGCUCCUGCCACACGCCUUGGAACAAAUAUACAGAAUAAAAUCGAACAAGAGAGCAAUCUUAAAUAGAACUCAAGGUAGCGUCACUACACCAUCAAAUGCAACUGGUUCCUUUACUAAUUAAUAAAAAACUUUCUUAAUAAAAUAGCUGGAUUUAUGGUAUUUUUUUAGGUUAUAUAAAAAUAAAAAUUAUGAAACAGGA